GGUCGGCAGGAGCAACUCAAUAACGUCCGCGUCGAUAUCGUUUCGAGUUUCUGUGCUGUCCACAUAUUUACAUCAAACGGUCACUGAAGAAGUGCAGAUGUUUUCAUGAUGGAGUGGCUAACGCAAUUGCUUCUGGUGCUUCUGCUGAUGAAAUUCUCCAACACGCUGCCGGAUGUCAUCCGAAUAGGUGGGCUGUUCCAUCCGGCGGACGAUAAGCAGGAGAUUGCGUUUAGAUACGCAGUCGAGAAAAUCAACAGCGAUCGAAUGAUCCUGCCGAGAUCCAAACUUAGCGCUCAGAUAGAGAAAAUGUCUCCCCAGGACAGCUUCCACGCAUCGAAAAAAGUUUGUCACCUAUUGCGAAGUGGAGUGGCUGCCAUCUUUGGGCCGCAGUCGGCACAUACGGCCAGUCACGUGCAGUCAAUAUGCGACACAAUGGAAAUCCCACACCUGGAGACGAGAUGGGACUACCGGCUCCGGAGGGAGAGCUGUCUUGUCAACCUCUACCCCCAUCCCACCACCUUGUCCAAGGCAUACGUGGAUUUGGUGAAAGCCUGGGGCUGGAAAUCCUUCACCAUAAUCUACGAGAAUAAUGAGGGUCUGGUACGGCUGCAGGAGCUGCUGAAAGCCCACGGACCCUACGAGUUCCCCAUCACCGUCCGCCAACUGGGGGAAAGCUCUGAUUACAGGCCGCUGCUCAAGCAAAUCAAGAAUUCUGCAGAGUCGCAUAUCGUCUUAGAUUGUUCAACUGAAAGGAUUUACGAUGUUUUGAAGCAGGCGCAACAGAUCGGGAUGAUGAGCGACUAUCACAGCUAUCUCAUAACCUCCUUAGACCUGCACGGGGUGGAUCUGGAGGAGUUCAAGUACGGGGGCACCAAUAUAACGGCUUUCCGACUGGUGGAUCCUGAUGGGCCGGAAGUUCGCAAAGUUGUGCGAGAAUGGAAUUUAAGCGAGGCAAAGAACAAAAAGGGAGAGAUUUCAUCGAUAAUUCGGGAUAAUAAUACUUUUGUAAAGGCAGAAACGGCCUUAAUGUACGACGCGGUGCAUUUGUUUGCGAAAGCGCUCCACGACCUGGACACCAGCCAGCAAAUUGAUAUCAAGCCGCUGAGCUGCGACGCGGUGGACACGUGGCCGCACGGGUACAGCCUGAUCAACUACAUGAAAAUCGUGGAAAUGCGGGGCUUGACCGGAGUGAUCAAGUUCGACCAUCAGGGAUUCAGGAGCGAUUUCGUGCUGGAUAUCAUCGAACUGAGUAAAGAAGGCUUGAAGAAGAUAGGUACGUGGAACUCGACAGAAGGCGUCAACUUUACGAGGACUUACGGGGAGGCCUAUACCCAGAUCGUGGAGAUUAUCCAGAACAAGACUUUCGUCGUCACGACGAUUCUAAGUUCCCCUUACGUCAUGCGGAAAGAAGCCAGCGAAAAACUGACCGGCAACGCUCAGUUCGAAGGAUACGCCGUCGAUCUCAUUCACGAGAUAUCUCGUGUCUUGGGCUUCAACUACACCAUUCGCCUGGCACCAGAUGGUAGAUACGGAUCGCUAAAUCGGGAGACCAAAGAAUGGGACGGGAUGAUAAGGGAGCUGCUCGACCAGAAAGCCGACUUGGCGAUCGCCGACUUGACCAUUACGUACGACAGAGAGCAAGCCGUCGACUUCACGAUGCCCUUCAUGAACCUCGGCAUCAGCAUCCUGUACCGGAAACCCAUCAAACAACCCCCGAACCUCUUCUCGUUCCUGUCGCCGCUGUCCCUCGACGUCUGGAUCUACAUGGCCACCGCGUACCUCGGCGUCUCGGUACUCCUGUUCAUCCUGGCCAGGUUCACCCCGUACGAGUGGCAGAACCCGCACCCCUGCAACCCCAACCCCGACCACCUCGAGAACCAGUUCACCCUGUUCAACUGCAUGUGGUUCGCGAUCGGUUCUUUGAUGCAGCAAGGAUGCGACUUCUUACCAAAGGCCGUCUCCACCCGCAUGGUAGCCGGGAUGUGGUGGUUCUUUACCCUUAUAAUGAUCUCUUCGUACACAGCCAAUUUAGCCGCCUUUCUCACGGUGGAACGCAUGGACUCCCCCAUCGAAAGCGCCGACGACCUAGCCAAACAGACCAAAAUAAAGUACGGAGCUUUGCGAGGAGGAUCCACGGCGGCCUUCUUCAGGGACUCCAACUUCUCCACGUACCAGCGCAUGUGGUCCUUCAUGGAGUCGCAGCGCCCUUCCGCCUUCACCGCCAGCAACGUGGAGGGCGUGGAGCGCGUGGUGAAGGGCCGCGGCAACUACGCCUUCCUCAUGGAGUCGACGUCCAUCGAGUACGUGAUCGAGCGCAACUGCGAGCUCACCCAAGUGGGCGGCAUGCUCGAUUCCAAGGGCUACGGCAUCGCGAUGCCCCCGAACUCGCCCUUCAGGACGGCAAUUAGCGGGGCGAUAUUGAAGCUGCAGGAGGAGGGCAAACUCCACAUCUUGAAGACGCGGUGGUGGAAGGAGAAGCGGGGGGGCGGCGCGUGCAGGGACGAGACGACGAAGACGAGCAGCACCGCCAACGAGCUGGGGCUGGCCAACGUGGGCGGCGUGUUCGUGGUGCUGAUGGGCGGCAUGGGGGUGGCUUGCGUGAUCGCGGUGUGCGAGUUUGUGUGGAAGUCGAGGAAAGUGGCAGUGGAAGAACGGUCGUCUUUAUGUGCUGAGAUGGCAACUGAAUUAAGAUUCGCCCUACGUUGUCAAGGGUCCACAAAACCGAUUCGUAAGAAGGGUCGAUCCUGUAACGCGCCAACAGGGGUUGACGACGGUCGAUUUCAUCCCCUAGGAUCCUAUACGUCUUACGGUUUUGUUAGUAAAGAGCCCAUUAAUUAGAAUAUGGUAUAUUUUGAUUAAACUGUUCAUAUUUUACGGAUCGUACUUAGCUGUUUCUUGCUAACUAACUAUUUUUGAACAUGUUUGCUACGACAAUAUUUACAAGCUUUUGAUAUGCGAAGAGGUUAUCUUGCAUUAUUUUCUUACGGGGGAGGAGUGUCACGUGUCGCUGAGUUGCGACUUAAGUACAAAAUGUAAAUCAAAAGAAGUGGGGGAAUUUGGUUUAUUUCGAAUUAGUGCUGUGUGUUUUUUGAUCAACAUAUCAACCAAUUUAGUUCUGGUAGUUGUUCUUUUCAAGCUCAAUUGUUGUAUUAAUUGAAAUAUAUCAUAUUUGAUGAUUAGCGUAGGAUUUAGUCAACCAUCUCUAUUUUUUCAGGCUAGCUGUUUUAUAAAUUUUUAUAUAUACUUAUAUAUAGUUAUUUCAAGAAUACUGCCAUGUUGUCUUUUAUGUGUGUUUUCUUUUUCCUGUGUAAUAAAUUAGUACGACUCAAACUUGUAAGAACUUUAGAUUUCCGUGUUAUUUUUAUAUGUUUGAAAUAUAGUAGUUCUUGUAAAUAUUCAUCUUUAGUUUUACAGCUCAUUUAGUGAUUGUAAAAAGUCAUGUUCAUGUUCAUAACUCAA